CUGCUGCAGCCUGCCUAGGGCUGGACACCGCGUGCACGGACAGAGAACGCUUCGUUCCAUGGCUGCGACCCAGCAGCGCCGCGCGCCCGGGCCCGCCGCGCCCGUCGGCCUUCGAGGCGGCCGCGGAGCCGAGCUGUUGGACGUGCUGUGGGCCAUUGGCGACAAGGAGCUGCUCUACAGCCUGCUGGGCAGCCAGGCCAAGUCGGCGCUCCGCGGCGCCUGUCGCGGCAGCCGCGCGUGGGUCGACUCGUGCGUUUCCAGCCUCACCAUCGCGCCCUGCGUGGGCCGCGCACCUCGCUCGCCGCGGGUGCUGAACCGGCUGCCGGCCCGCCUGGUGCGGCGCUGGCCGCGGCUGUCUCGCCUGCGUGUGCUGCUCGCCAAGCGGGUGCUGUGCGAGGGCGGCUGCAGCUGCGGCGACUGUGUGCUGGGCCCCGAGGCGGUGCAGGACGUGGUGGCGAGGGCGCUGGCGGGCGGCGGCGCGCUGCCGCUGCUGGCGCGGCAGCUGCGGGAGCUGACGCUGCACUUCCUGGCCCAGCCCAUCGGAGGAGAUGACGGCGGGGGCGGGGGCGGGGGCACGCAGUCGCCGUGGCCGCUGCCCACCGCGCUGGUGCCGUGGGUCGCGGCGUUCCUGCCGCAGCUGCGGGCCAUCCGCAUCACCGGCUGCGUGGACGUGGCGUACAGGCCCCUGGACGAGCUGCACGCCGGCAGCCGCCCGCACCUGCUGUACAGCGGCCUGUCCGCCCUCCGCCACCUGCGCUCCCUGCACCUGGCCACGCCCGCCGGCCUGCACUUCCUGCCGCUGCUGGCGCCCGCCCUGGAGCAGCUGGUCAUCCGCCGCCCCGCCGCCGCCGCGCCGCGGCACUACGUCAGCGUGGGCGUGAGCGGCGUGCUGCAGGGUCUGGCGGCGCUGACGCGGCUCACCUCGCUCAGCCUGGAGGGGCACGAGGUGUGCCACUGCUGCCGCAAAGCGCCGCAGGUGCUGCUGGGCCCGGGCCUGCCGCCCGCGCUGCGGCGGCUGCACCUGGACCUGCUGGGCAUGCCGGGCGUGGCGCUGCGGCUGAGAGUGCCGCUCACCCUGGAGCUGGAGGGGGAGGGGGAGGGGGGACAGGGGGAGGGGGGGCAGGGUGGCCUAGGCGGUGCAGCAGCAGGGGCAGGGAGUAUUGGCGGUGGUGGGGGCGGCGGCGGCGGGGGCGGCGGCGGGGGCGGGUGCCGACUGGUGCUGACGGUGGGCACUGCCGGCCGGGCGGUGGGGGUGGAGGAGCUGGUGCGGGUGGGCGCAGUGCUGCUGCAGGCGCGGCGCAUGCUGGUGGACAGCGAGGCGGCAGCAGGCGGCAGCGGCGGCAGCAGCAGCAGCGGGCGCGGCAGGCGGGAGCGGCGGCAGCCUGGGGACACAGACGAGGAAGGCAGCACCGACACCAGUGGCGCGCACAGCGAUGGUGACGGUGAAGGUGACGGCAGCAGCAGCGACGGCGGGGGCGGUGAGGACUACGGCUUUGGCUUGGGCGCGGGCGCGGGCGCUGCUGCGGCCGAGGGAGCUGGGCCCCGGCCCGGGCAGGCGGCGCCGUCCCUUCGCGGCGCGCUGCUGGCGGCGGCCCCCCUGGUGCUGCGGGUGCCGCGGCUGGUGCUGUCGGGCCGGACCUGGAGGCCGCCGCGACCGCAGGGCACACACGCGGCCGACGAUGAUGAGGAGGAGGAGGACGGCGGCAGCGACGGCGAUGGUGACGUCAGCGAUGGCGGCGGCGGGGUUGCGGUGUUGAGGCGGCACGGCUGCCCGCGGGAGCCCCUGCACAUCAGGCCGCUGCAGGCGGGGGGCUGGCGCCUGCGCACACUGCAGCGCCUGCGCAGCAUGUGCAUGGGCGGCGGCGGCGGCAGCGGCGGCGUCGAUGUGGCGGGUGGCGGUGAGGGCGCCAGCGGCGGCACCGGUGGUGGCACCGGGGGCGGCGGUGGGACGGGUGUGGGUGUGGGUGCUGCCCCGCGGGCGCUGGGCACGUGGGAGGUGCGGCAGCUGGAGCUGAGGGCGCCCGGCUGCGUGCACGCCCUGCGGCAGCUGGCGGCGCUGCUGCCCCCCGGCUCGCCGCCGCCGCCGCACGUGCUCCUGGUGGACGGCGCCGCCUGGUCCGGACACCGCCUGCAGCGGCCACGCGGCGGCGGCGACACCGAGUGGAACAAUGAGGAUGAUGACGACGACGACGACGACGAUGAUGACGAAGACGACUGUGAAGACAGUGAGGAGUGGCGUUGCAGCGGCAGCGGCAGCGAUGAAGGAGAGGAUGGCGAGCAGGAUGGGCGGGGCUCGCGGCGUCUGGACGGCUUCAACAGUUUUGCGGAGGCGCUGCGCCACGGCCUGCCGCCGGCCUGGCGCCGCGCCGUGCGGCGGCUGACGGUGUUGUGUCCGCCCGGCGCGGUGCGCAGCGCGGCGGAGGUGCUGGCGGCGGCGGCGGCGCUGCCGUGCCUGGAGGUGGCGGCGGUGGCGGGCGGUGCCCACCCGGCCCGCAUGCUGCGUGGGCUGGCGGGCGGGCUGGCGGCGGCCGCGCGGGGUGACGUGCGGCCCGGGGGCGGCGGGUGGGCGGGACUGCAGCGCCGCGGCAUGCAGCUGCAGGUCCUUGCGGUGGACGACCCCGGCCCCCGCAGCCGCGGGCCGCUGUCCACAGCUCACCGCGAGCGCCGGGCGGCGGCGCGGUGGCGGUCCGCGUGUGGUGUGCUGGCGGCGGUGGCGCACGUACGGGAGUACAGGACGCGGCUGAGCGCUCGCCGCCUGGACUGCCGGGGCCCCGACCUCAUGCACCACCACCACCAGUACAACCACCAGUACAACCACCAGUACAACCACCAGUACAACCACCACCAGCUACAGCACUACAACAUGCUCGAGGGCGAGGCGGACGUCGCCGUGGCCGCCAUCCUGCUGGGCGGCAGUAGCAGCGGCCGCGGCAGCGGCAGUAGCAGAGGCCUCGGCGGCGGCAGUAGCCACGGCCAACUGGGCGCCAUCCCCGCCGCCGGCCCGCACGCGCCCGACCCGGAUGCGCUGCUGGAGGCGCUGCUGGGCUCGGACGCGGAGCUGUGGGGCGGCCUGCCGCUGCGCAAUGAGAGGUGGCGGGUGGCAGUGGAGGCGCGUGGCCGCCGCAGGCAGAGGCAGCUGCGGGAGCCGGGGCGGAAGUGCCGGCGGGGGCAGCGGGGGCAGCGGGAGCGCCUGCACCAGCAGCAAGAGGGCGUGGCAGCAGCAGGGGAAGAGGAUGAGACGGAGGGUGAUGAGGAUGAGGAGGAUGAGGAGGAUUAUGAUGAGGAAGAUUAUGAUGAUGAGGAGGAGGAGGAGGGUGAGGAGGGUGAGGAGGACGAGGAGGACUGCUUUGUGGAUGAGGCGGAGGCCGCGGAGGCGGAGGCCUGGGUGUUGCGGCACCAGCUGCAGGAGCUGCGCGGCCGGCACGGCGCGGCAGCGAUCCUGGGGGGUGACAGCAGCAGCAGUGAGGAGGGCAGCGAGGAGGGCAGUGAGGAGGACAGUGCGGAUUCCUUGGAGGAGUGGCAUGGACAGGACGAGGGAGAAGGGAUGGACGUGUGAACCGGGGAGCAGUGCUUGCGUCUUCCAGGCACAGUCGUACAGGCACCGGCUUUCCGUGCAACUGCCAGCUCCUGGUUGCAGAGGUACCCGAGUACUGCGACUCCGGACUCGGCUUGUGGGCUUGACUUGUCGUACACGAGAUAGUGGGGGUGAGUGGGAACUGUCCUCUAACAAGUAUAAAGGAGUUUGAGGAGGAUGACAGUGCGCGGCUGCAGCUGCCGCGCGGCGAUGGCGGCCGCAGCGGGCCUGGCUGCCUUGGUGGCUGUGGGGCAGGGGCGCGUGGGGCAGUAGGGGCGCGUGAAGCUGGCGGUGUCCCGCAUUGAUGCGGGGCUGGGUCUGGGCGGUGAGGGGGGGUGGACAAGGCAGGGUGAGGUGCACGUGCUGCUAGGCGGCUCUCACCCGCUGCCAGCCGGGGCUGGUGCAGGCGCGGUGCCCGCAGUAUUGAUGCGCCGCUGUUGCUGUAACGGAUGGUGCGU